AUGAUUCAAGAUAAAUGGAAUUUUAUUUCACCAACAAAUAUUGAUCUGAAAGGCGUAAAAGCUUCUACAAUUGAACGAUUUGCAAAUUAUCCUGCAUCGACAAUUAAGGAUGAAAUCCUUUCUCGACUCGUCAAUGAUAUAGGAAUACAAGGGCGUACAUUUCAAACUUUAACAAAAGCAUGCAGUUUACAAUGUUCUAACUUAAUUAAAUUAACAACUCAGAUUAUAGUAAAUUUCGAAAAACUUAAUUUGAAUCGCUCCGAGUUCAUAGUAAAUUUUGAAAAACUUAAUUUGUAUAACUCUGAGUUCGUAUCUUAUUCAACAAAAUCUGAAUUAACCAUGUCAAAAAUUUUGAAAGAAUGUGAUUUAAUUAGAAGAGGUUACAAAGACAUAUCACUCAACUUAAACCGUAUUUCAGAUGAUUUUCAAACUCAUAAAUCAUACUUAGAAAAAGAAAAGUAUGUUCUUGAACAGGAAGUUUCAAAUAUUCAGUAUCGUAGUAAAUAUGAAAAAUUAAGUUUAAUUUCGAUGAUUGCUACAGGUGGUAUUCUUGGGUGGUAUUAUGGAAGAAAGCUGAGUUUGAAUCUGAGUCAAGAGAAGAUAUUAAAAGAAAAUGAGAUCAUAAGAUUAAAGAAAAGCACCGAUUACAUUGAAAAUGUGAUGAAUGAUGUGAAAUUUUUUGAUGAUAAGGUUGGGCUUUUUGAAAUUUUUUGGGCAAGACAAAUUGACCAUAUUUCAGUUACACAACAAUUUAUUAGCAAUGCAAAUAAAGGGAAUGUAGAAGUAAAUGAUUUUAAUAUGCAAUCUUUAUUGGCGUCCUGGAUUCAUGCAAAAACUACUCUCGUAAAUUAUCAAGCUAAUGUAAAAGCGGUUGUUCCUUAA